AUGGCUACUAGUGAAGUCUUGAAUGAAAGACGACAGAAUCUUCUUCCAAAAGAAGUUGCAGAUAACAAAGAAGAUAUUCAAUUGAUUUGGCUUGAUGGAAAUAUGAAUGAUUCAGAUGAUUAUCAUCUCACUCAAUCAAUGUUAAUUGAACUCAAUUCAGCUGUUCAGUUUUAUUCUGAUUUUGAUCGAUGUCUCGAUUUAAUCAAAUCAAUCAAAGACGAACAAAUCUUUCUUAUUAUUUCAGGUGCUUUUGCUCAACGUAUACUUUUACAAACUCAUCAUUAUCGAUCGUUGGUUGCUAUAUUUAUUUUUUGUUCUAAUCAUCAACGUUACAAACCAUUGAUGCAAGAAUAUAAUAAAAUCGUUGGAAUAUUUACUAAACAACAUGAUUUAUUAGAAUCAAUUAAAGAUAAAAUGAAUCUAGUUGAAAAACAAACAUUAACAUUUAGUCUUUUUGAUCAAAAACAAAAAUCAUUAAAAGAUUUAUCACAAGAAUCAGCUUCAUUUCUAUUACAUCAAAUGUUAAUUUAUAUUUUAAAACAAAUGCCACAAGAUAAACUAUCAAAAAAACAACUGCUCGAUAUGUGUCGUGAUUAUUAUAAAAAUAAUAAACAAGAAUUAAAGAAGAUUGAAGAAUUUAAAAAUACUUAUACUCGUGACAAAGCAAUUGAAUGGUAUACAGAUGAAUGUUUUCUUUAUAAACUAUUAAAUAAAGCACUUCGAACAGAAGAUAUUGAAUUACUCUUUACUUUUCGAUUCUUUAUUAUUGAUUUAUGUUCAGUUAUUGAACAAGAAAAUCAACUUCUGAAAAAUAAAGGAACAUUAACUUUAUAUCGUGGAACACAAAUUCCAAAUGAAGAAUUAGAAAAAAUAAAAGAAAACAUUGGUAAAACUAUUUCAACAAAUGGAUUCUUAUCAACAUCACGAAAUAUCGAUGUAUCUCUUGCAUUUAUUCAUAUGAAUGCUCAAUCAAAUGAUUUUAUAUCGGUCCUAUUCGAAAUUAAAGCAAAUCCAUUAUUGAAAACAGUGAUUUUUGCUGAUGUUGGAAAUAAAAGUCGAAUAGAAGGUGAAGAAGAAGUUCUUUUCAAUCUCAAUUCACUCUUUAAGAUUGUUUCUGCCAAUUUUGAUUCUGAAUUUCGUAUAUGGAAAGUACAACUGAAUGCAACUGAUGAAGGUGCAGAAAAAGUUGAAGAAUAUCUUUCAUUAUCGAAACAACAGAUGGAAGAAUACACACCACUUAUUUAUUUUGGUAGACUUCUCAUGAAUGAAUUAGGUCAAGUAGAUCGUGCAGGAAAAUAUUUUAAUAUGUUACUGAAAUCACUUCCAUAUGAUCAUCCUGAUAUUGCAAGUGUUUAUAAUCAUAUUGGGUUAGUACACCGUGCGAGAGAUGAAUUGAAUUUGGCUUUAAAAAACUUAGAGAUAGCUUAUGAGAUGCGUCGAAAACAACUACCUUCAAAUCAUCCUCACAUUGCUGGUUCACUUCACAAUAUUGGUGGUAUUUAUCGAGCAAAAGGUGAUUUUAAUACAGCACUCGAUUAUUAUCAACAGGCUUUGACAAUUGACGAAAACUUACAUCCAGGCAAUAAUUUAGGAAAAGCUAUGACAAUUGGUGAUAUUGGUAGAGUAUACAUGGAUAAAGAAGAUUUUGAUACGGCUCUUGCUUAUUUCUCUCGUGCUCUCGAGAUGUUUAAGCAUGUUCUCCCUGAUCAACACUCUCAUAUAGCAUCAUGUUUCGGUAUGAUAGGAGAUGCUCAUAAGAAGAAAGGUAAUUUAGAUAUUGCUCUGGAUUAUUAUCAACAACAAUUAAAUAUGGAAGAACAAUGUUUACCUUUCGAGCAUUCAGAUCUUUCAAUUCAUCUCGGUUCGGUCAUUGAUAUUUAUAAAACGAUGAAUGAGACUGACAAAGCUUUAAACUUCUGUGAACAAAAGCUUACUAUUCAAAAAACUAGAUUGGGUGAAAAUCAUUCUCGUAUUGCUCGAACAUUAAUGAUCAUGGCUGAUUUGAUUGAGGACGACAAUCCCAACGAAGCAUUACAAUAUUAUGAACAAGCUCUAUCUAUGUUGGAGAAUUGCACACCAUUGGAUCAGCAAGUCACUUCUGAAUGUUUGACAUCAGUGGUUUGUUUAUAUUUCAACAAUGAUAUGAUGGAAGAUGCACUACGAUAUCAACUUAAAGCACUUGAACUCUAUCGACAAACAUUGUCUUCUGAUCACAUUAACAUUGCAAACAGCUUAAGAAAUAUUGGCCUAUGUUAUGAAAAUAUGAACAAUUUAUCCGAAGCACUUCGUUAUUUCAAUGAGAGUCUUUUGAUCUAUCAAGUUAAUUAUGGACCCGAACAUGAAAGGGUGAAGGGAGUUGAAGCAGACAUCGCCCGACUGAAAGAGAAACAAUUGUCACUGUCAUCUCAUGAAGACGAAUAA